AAGAUGGCUCGUACUAAACAAACGGCUAGAAAAUCGACUGGAGGGAAAGCUCCUCGUAAACAAUUAGCGACGAAAGCCGCCCGUAAAAGCGCACCAGCUACUGGUGGAGUAAAAAAACCUCAUCGUUAUAGGCCAGGUACUGUAGCUCUUCGUGAGAUAAGACGUUAUCAAAAGAGUACCGAAUUACUUAUUAGAAAAUUGCCAUUUCAACGAUUGGUUCGUGAAAUAGCACAAGAUUUUAAAACAGAUUUACGUUUUCAAAGUUCAGCGGUUAUGGCUCUCCAGGAAGCUAGUGAGGCUUAUUUGGUAGGUCUAUUCGAAGAUACUAAUCUGUGUGCCAUUCAUGCUAAAAGAGUCACCAUUAUGCCCAAGGAUAUCCAAUUGGCUAGAAGAAUUUGCGGAGAACGAGCAUAAA